ACUAGACGUACUGCAGACUUAAAAGUCUUUUCAAACCUCGCUCGUGACCCUCUGCGACUUAAGUGGCAACGUAUGGACAAACCUUAAUUCUUGGAUUCCAGCUCACUGUUCAUUCAGUUCGGACGUUCUGGUGGAGCAAAAACAAAAACCAGCUCUUGACGUAGCACUUUUCUUCAGCAUGGCCAUUACAGUACAGAGGGUUGUUCUUCUGGUUUUCUGCACCUGGGGCGACCACACUGCCGCACAGAGAAUCACGCUACCUUACCAUCCCGGGUCGUGCUGCUUUGGAGGAGAGUCCGCAUCCAACGCCUACACAGCCGGGCUGCAGCGGAGGGUGGCUGACUUGGAGGCGAGGCAGGCACAAAUGGAGGCGAGGCAGGCCCAGCUGGAAGUAAGGCAGACUGAGAACACAGGUUCGUGUCCGGAGCCCGAGACGCCCUGUGGGUGGAAACUGGUGUUCAAGGUCCAUGCAAAAGCGGGCCCGGACAGCUACCCUGUCUGGAGUUCCGGCUUCACUCCGGCCAACCUACCCGACGAUCCGACUGUCCACUACAAAAGCAGGGACGUCGGGAUCUGGGAAUCACUGGGCAUUAAGAAGGUGAAGCUGUCCCUGUACACGUUCAGCCCAAAUGUGGAAACACGUGACCUCGUCUUUAACGGGGUGGGGAGUAACAAGGACAACUGGUUCUCCAAGGACCGCCUCAUCUCCUCGCCAUGGACGGACCUGAAGACAGAGCCCACCAACAUAUUUUCCAUCGCAGGUUACGAAAUACGAUACUCUAGCGAGAGUUAUCUCUUUAGGCGAUUUCACAUCAACCGGAGCAACGCAGGCUGCGCGGCUGACCAUGGUUGGCUGGUCGUCCUUGAUGGAAACUCGAACGUUUGUCCAUGGGAGAGAGGAACCGGCAACCCGCGGAUCCUGUUUUCCAGGCUGCCCACCAACGUCAAUUUCCAACAAGAUCCGUCAAACGUGGGCACGGCUGACGUCAUGGCCAUCUACAUCAAAACCUGUGACGACUAG